AUGGGCCUAUUGCUAUCGCUGUCCGAUAAACUGACAGCCAAUAUGCCAUCUGGCGCGUUGGAGACGCCUACAUCUGCCUCGGAUGUGAAAGACCCCUUACCCACUGUAUUUAUUCCCCCUGUAUUGACGCCUACGGAUCCUAGUGCCAACUUAACACCGCUGGCAGAAUCCUCUGACUCCCCAUCUUUACCGGCUACAGGCGCGUCUAUGACAUCCACCUUUCCUACCUUUGACCACCAGUCUCAUUUGGAUACAAUUGCUACGGCUGCAUCCGCUGCAGCGGCUACACAAUACAAUGAGGCUCGCGCAUUCCAAGUGAAGCAUACAAACACGUCGGCACCGACUGGGUCCGACUCCCUGCCACUCCACUCCGCGCCUGCGUUUUCUUACGAAGAUCCUGCAACGACAGCCUAUUUAUCUGCGUCGCGUCAGAGUACCUUACAUGUUCCACGGCUCUCCCUCUCGACACCCAAAUCCCCGGACAACUUUAGUGCGUUUGAUUUCCAGAAAUUAAUGCCCUCCACGACCAGUGUGGCAUCGGUGUCGUUUCCCACAUCCUUUUUGGAUCCUACGAGAGACGCCUCCAUGUCGGCGACUGCUUCGGGGGCUCCGCUGCCCAAUGUAGCUAAGGGAGCGAGCACAUUGCCUGCUAGUCUUGAUUGUCAUGGCGUUUUGGACGAAGAUGCGUCUCAACAAAAGGUCAUUGAAGAAGCGGUCCAGUCGCUCAAUGCCCAACACGAACUUGCUCAAACAGCUGCCUUGCAUCACCAUCAGCAAAAACUCAACGUCUCACUGGGCUUAUCCUUACGUGAUGCGCCAUCGGCUCCUCUGAACGAUGUGAUGGCAUCGAUUGUCACGUAUCCUUCUACGGACUUGAGCAAGAAAGUACCUUUGAUCCAACCAACAAAACCACAAGCGUGCGAGGUCAAGUCUCUGGCUGACACUGAGCGAGGAUCGCAUGAAUCACGCACGACCUCGGAUCCAACACAGAAACGCUUCCAGUGCCCUAAAUGCUCUCGGGCCUUUGCGCGAGCCUAUAACCUCAACACCCAUAUGUCUACACACGACCCUGAUCCAUCAAGAUCUAAGCCAUUUCCAUGCCCGUAUCGAUCAUGCCGCGCAGAGGGAGGACGCUCGUUCUCGCGCAAGCAUGACCUCCAGCGCCAUGUGGCCAGCGUUCAUGAAAUGGAGCCGGAGCCUGGGAUUCUGGGCGAUUCAGGGGAAAUGGGCGAAGGUCAAGAAACGGGUGGCUUGGCCAGUCUUGGUUUGGGCACACCAGGAAAAAAGUUCCGCUGUGAACUGUGUGGGCGAGCGUUUGUUCGUCGCGAUGCAUUGCGGCGGCAUCAUUGCGAUAAAGAUACGGCGCGGCCUAUGCGAAAACCUGCUGCAUUUGUGCCUGAGAAGCAAAAUUCAUCCUAUGCGGUCGGCGGCUUCUCCGGGCAAGUGAUGCAUCAAGUUGCCAUGCACUUGAUGCAAAAGACCGACGGCGAAUCUCUUGCGACAGAGUCGUCAGUGUACCCUCAUGUACCAUCCCCUCCUCCACCGCGAACAGAGUCUGAUGCAAAAGACAAGCCGGUGCACUCACAGAGCACGCCGCAUUCAACUGUCACAGCGUCAGCACGUUCGUGA